UGUGUUAUAUUAUGUCCCGACACUCAUGCUGGACACCAUAUUCUCACUCAUCCUCAUACUUGCGUAUUCCGUCCACCAACAUAAAGAAAAACUAUAUCAAGCUCCACCUGCCUUGUCACUUCUUGAUAUGAAUAGCUGUACACAUCAAGUAUAUAUACUCGGAAAGAAAAAGUGCCAUACUUCGUAGUUGCUAUGCAUCUAACCCAAACAAAAUAUCGUCGUCCUCAAAAACUUGCUGAUUUCACUCAUACUCUUUCUAUCGACCACACAAAAACCGUAGGACACAUCCUAAGAGAUAUUGUUUGUUUUUUUGAUUUAUUUGUAUUUUUCUUUUUGAAGUAGUAGUGUUUCUGUUUAUGUCAAUGCACUCAUCCGCUCCCUUCCAAAAAAAUAAAAGAUGUUUCUGUUUAUGUCAAUGCACCCAUCCCAUCCCUUCCAAAAAAAAGGGGGUGGGUGGGGGAAAGACCAGUACCAGUCAAGGGACGGGUGAUCGACUGACACUAUUGCCACCAGAAACGCCGACAUUAGAAGAAAACAGUUUUUGCCGUAAACCCGCUUUUUGUUGAUUACAGAGAUCACUACUGGUCAGCCUCGUGUUCAGUCAUCGUGCUAGGAUUGACUUCGGGCCAAGUGGUUAUAUACGCGUUGUACACUAAAAUACUGAACCGCUAGUUGCCUGGUGUAUUCUUCCUUAAGGAGUGUUAUUUUUCAUUGGCUAUAGUUUAACGUGUGCUACUGGACCAGCAAAUUAAUAUUGCGAUGUUGGUGGUAACAUUUGUUUAUUUUGCUUUUCUGCUUUUAAUCCAAUACGUCGAUUCACAGCUGCAAGUCCGGCUAAGGCAUGGACCUGUUCCGUCUGAUGGCGUCCUUCAAAUAUUGUACCAAGGAACGUGGGGCUCAGUGUGUGUCAACAGGUUUAGUAAACAAGAGACAAAGGUGACCUGCAGGAUGCUGGGCUUCAACACGUCGCAAGCUUUAACCUUCUUGGUACCUACUUACCAAGCGGUAUUGGACUAUAUUUUAAUUGAGAACCUGAGGUGCACAGGAGAGGAGACCAGCUUAAAUCAGUGUAGCCAUACAGGGGUUAACACUAGUGCCCGGUGCCUCUAUGCCGUUUAUUCCUCUUGUAACUCAGGAUACAAAAGACUGCGUUUGAGGGAUAGUCAGGACAUCGGACCUAACAGAGGUCAGGUAGAGAUAGACAUCGGAGAUGGUCAAUGGAUGACACUGUGCGUGUCGUCUAACAUCACUGCCGCCGUCGUCUGUAGACAGCUCGGCUUAUCAUCGGAAAGGAAUUCUGCAAUGUUGAUUUCGAGGGAAAUACGUAGUAGAAGAAGAAAAACCAUUUUUUCUGCUUGCCUUGGGAAUGAGACUAGUAUUUUUGAGUGUCAGCACGAGAUGUCUUAUUCGAAGUACUGCUUGUAUAAACUUCUUUGCACACCUCUCACCAUCAAAUCAGAAGGUAGCAGGCAUCCUUUAAUGGAGGAAACAAAUGCUACUUUAAAGUGUGAGAACAAUGAGCGGUCUGAUGUAAUAAAUUACACGUGGCCAGAAAAUGCAGGCGGGUUCCCUGAUGGCAGUAGCCUGAUCAUCACUAGAGUGACCAGGAAACAUCAUGGAAGGCGAGUGAGGUGUGAGGCGAUGUACAGUGAUGGUGGAGUUGUCUCCAGUGACACACUGCAAUUACAGGUUUACUGUGAGUAUUGCGAUCCAGCGAAGAUAAAAACUAUGAAUAAGGCCAAUUAGUCAUCCACAGCAUUUAGUCUUCGUAACCAGAUGAGUUUCAAGUUGAAAAUCCCUCAAAAAAGCGCUUUAUGUACGAACUGCCAGAGGUUGAUCUUAUUUCUUAUUUUUUCUUACUUACUUACUUAAAAGUGUUUGUAUGUGUAUGUGUGUAACCGCGUAAAUGUGUCAACAGAAAUAACUACUUUUGGUUAAAGGAAGAAGUCAGUAAAGAAA